CGUGCGCAGGUGUGGCAAGGGUUCUUAUAAUCGCUUGAACCCAGAAAUAUUAGCUAAAAGGGUAAUAAACUGUUGGGAAGUCAACAUCAGGGAACAAGGAAUAAACACUAUCAAACCACACAAUGCUUGGGAACGUUAUUAUUUUAAGUUUUUUUGUAAAUUAUGCGGCCGCCUACACCGUCUGUCCGAUGCAUGUAGAGUGCAUACCCGGAUGUGUGAAGAUUGACCAAUGGGGUUGCAAGACGUGCGCCUGCGGACCAAUGAUGUUCCACCCAGGCGCAGGCUACAGGGGCAUGCCGGGAGGCGGAAUGGGAGGAGGGAGUUUCACCCCCGGAACACUGGGAGGGGGAAGUAUGUUCGGAUCGAACCAGGGAAGUGCGCAUACCGCGGAGAAACCGAUGAAAGAUUGUACGGGCACUAUGCUAUGUAUGAUGACAUGCAAGGGGCACUACUCGUUGGGUGAUGUACAACAGAAUGGUUGUCGCGCCUGCACCUGUCCCAAACCGCAAGAGGUCGUUACAGUUCAAGAGGUGAAGCCAGCCCCACAGCCAGUAUACCAAGAGGUGAAGCCGGUAACCCAUCACGAGUGCACGGGAACCAAACUGUGCAUGAUGACAUGCAAGGGACAGUACGUGCUCGGAGAGAAAGGAAGCGACGGAUGUCAAUCGUGCGCAUGUAUUCCAGAACAAAAGAUACAGGUGGUUCAACCAGCGCCAAAGGAAGAAGAAUGCCACGAGACCACCUUGUGCAUGUUGUCUUGUAAGAAUGGCUACUCACUGACGCCGAAAUGUAACGAUGGAUGCCACAAUGAAUGCCAAAAAUGCACGUGCCUAGAGGAGAAGCCGGCGGUUUUGAUUGUCCAGCAAGUCGAACAGAAGAAGGAGUGUCCCAAGACCCUGGAGUGCAUGCUAACCUGUAAGGACGGGUACCAUCUGGGAUCCAACGGAGCCGACGGAUGUCCGACAUGCAGCUGUCUCGCGCCACAACGUGUGAUCCAGGUCUUUGAGGUUAAAUGUGCCCAGGCCCUCUCCUGUCCGAGGGGAUGCUCAGUGGGCUACAAAUGCAACACCGAUGGAUGUCCCACGUGCGAAUGCAUCGAACCACACGUGAUCGGCGUAAUGACCGUAAAGGAAAUAUAUACUGAGCAGAAGCUUACGUGUAACUCCGCUCUCUCGUGCCCGAAAUCGUGUUCACUGGGCUACAAGUGCGGCACCGACGGUUGUCCCAUAUGCGAAUGUUGCAUUGAAGUACACACAGCGACCGAGUGCACCGAUGGAUGCGACGGACAUAAUUCCGGUACACAAAGUUCGGGAAGUAAUUUUCUCACACCGGGGGCUGGUAGCAGUUCUUCGGGCGGAUCUGGAAUGGGACUUGGGCUUCCCGGUGGGAACAGCGCAGGCGUCAAUGGUGGUUCCGGGUUUGGUAGUUCGAGUGGACAUGGCACAGGAUCCAGUGGCGGAAUGGGUUUCACAUCAACAACAGGAUCUGGCAGCAACGGUGGUUCAGUGUCUGGUUCUGGUCCUUUCACUGCGACAAUGGGAGGAGGUGCGUCGACCGGAAACAGCGUGGGACAGAAUCCCGGAACCGGCUUCGCUCCGACUGUUGACUCGUGCGGACCAUUUGGGUGUUUACCAGGAAACAAUAACACCGACAGUUCGAUGGGCGGCCUUGGAGGAAGCAUUACGCAAACUGACGGAAGCGCGAACGGAAAUGCUUCUCCGAAUGGAAACUUUAAUAACGCACACCAAACAGACACUGGUAACGGUUUAUCCCAGCAUGGUAGCUUCCCAGAUGUUCAGUCAGGUUCAAACCCGUACGGAAACGGCAAUAUAGAUAAUGGUUCUGGUUUGGGUUCGGGUUCAAUUCACCAGGUUGACGGCGGGGGCGCGGGGUCUGUUUCACAAUUCGGUAAUUUUAACAAUAUUGACCAAACCUUUGGAUCAGGAAGUGGUUCCGCUGUUUCUCCUUUCCAACCCGGAUCUGCAACAGGCAGUGGCUCAAUGGCAACUGGGGGAGGAUCGGGCUCAGGGGCCGGAAUGGCGUCACCGUUUAACCCCGGACCAGCUACUGGUGGGACUGGUAGCGAAAGUGGUGGUCCUUUUAAACCCGUUUCAGGGGGUCCAGCUGGCAACGGCGCUGGAAUGGCAAGUGGAAGUUCCGGUAAUGGAUCCCCAGGUCAAGGAACCGGAAGUGGUCCUUUUAAUCAACUCGCGAACGGUGGUUCCGGUGGCAAUGGUGGUCCCUAUUCCUCAAGUCUGGGAUCGAACUGGCAAAGCGGCUCAGCGAACGGAAAGGGAUGGGCGAAUGGUGGCACUGACGGACCGUUUUCAAAUGGACAAGGCAGUGGCACAUCGUCAGGUCAGUUUCAUAAUAUGAACGGAUCCGGUAACGGGACGCCGUUGAACGGAGGUCACACCGCAGGAUCAGGAGCCAUGGGUACCGGAAAUGGAGCUAUAGGGAGUGGCGCGAAUUACGGAUCGGGCGGACAGACAGGUGCGAAUCUAGCAGGUGGGUCAUCUAGCGGUCAGUUUGGACAAGCUCCUGGCACUGGCGGAACUGGACCUUUCGCAAUGACUUCCGGUAACGGCGGACAAGCGAACAACAACAGCGGGCUACCCAUGAGUCCUUAUUCAGUAGCGGCGGGCGGAAACGCAAACGGUGGACCCUUUGCAGGAGCUAUGAAUGGCGGGAGCGGCUCUAGUGGAUCGGGACCCUACAGCGGCGCUGGUUCAAGUGGAAACGGCGCACAAGCUGGGGGCAGCGGUAGCGGAAGCGGUGGUAACAAUCCAUUCGGAACAUUUGGUGGAAAUCCGUAUGGGAGUGGGUUCGACAACAGCUAUGGUGCGGGACCAGGACAUCUCACGGACGGUUCCGGUGGGAACAUCGAGCAGAACGUAGGAGGUUACGGUACUGGCCCCUAUGUAAUGGGUAACUCCGGGUCCGUGAUGGGCGGGAUGGGGAACGCACAAAGCGGAAGUGGUACCGGUCCAUUCUCUUCCGCUGCGGGGGCGGCUAACGGAGGCUCGAAGGGAGGUACGGGUAAUGGGUCACCCACCACCGGAUCCGGAACAACUUCCGAAUUGACGGGUGCAGAAAUGAUCGCCAUUAUUAAGGAAUGUCCGGUUGCGCUAAAGUGCAUGGAAAGCUGUACCAGCGGCUACAAUCUUCACUGGUCCGAAGCGCAGGGAUGUCCUAUCUGCGUAUGCGCAAGCGGAAGCGGAAGCGUCCCCUCAUACAUAGUGCAAGAAGAUACACGCAGAUCGAUAAAUAUUCUUCCGCUCAAACCUAAACAUUGCGUGACGUUCUUCAAUUGCUCCUCCCAAUGCAUGCAAGGGUUCGCCACCGACCGCAACGGAUGUCCCAGUUGCACAUGCGUCGGGCAGCCGGAAGCACCGCUUUCGAAACAACAACCGCUCUAUUGCGCUGGCAAUUUUGACUGUCCGCUUACUUGUAGACAUGCUUACAAGUGCGGACAAGAUGGCUGCCCGACCUGUGAAUGUAUUUCCGUAACAAACGUGAAGCCACAAGUUCAGGUGACUGCGCCACAACCCAGCACAGGCGUAAGCACACUUAUCAGUAAGUGCUCAGGCACCGUCAAGUGCAUGUCCGAAUGCGCGCACGGAUACACGCUUGGGACGGAAGGACAUGACGGAUGCCCACAAUGCACCUGCAUCAAUACCCAGACAAGCGUCUGCCAUGACGUAUGCGAAAAAAAACCGGAAGUAGCUGUGCACGCGUGUGACGUUACGGUCCAGUGUAUGGCGAGCUGCACUAACGGGUACGUGCUUAUGGAUGCCGGCAGUGACGGCUGUCCUCGCUGCGCCUGCAAGCAGCCGUCGUGCACUUCCGGCUGUGAAGAGACGACACACGUGAUUCAGCUAAAGACAUCAGAAUGCGGAUCGAGCUGCGAAUCUUCCUGUACCGGCGAGUGUGGAUCCACUUCUGGUGGUACAGUGCAACUCGUUUCCGGCGGAAGUAGCGGCGGAGUCUCAAGCGGAGGCGGGGCGGUGAUGACUGGUGGUGGAAGUAGCGGCGGUGCUGCCGGUGGAGCGGUUGGAGGCGGAAGUGGUCGUAUGGGCGGCGCUUCAGGCGGCCAGGAUUGUGCGCCUCUACCCCCGAAUUGCCACCCCUAUUGUAUCAAGUACGAUGUGGCCCAUUGCAGAAUAUGCGAAUGCCAAAGUACCGGUACGGGCGCAUACGGUGGUUAGCAGAGAUUAAUAUUACCAAGGGAGAAAACCUGUCUCUCAUUGACCAGUGGAAUGUGAUGUGAACAUGAACUUGAAUACUAUUCCUCUACUCUAUACAAGCGGCUUAUCAUACUGAUUAUUCUUAUUAUGAAUGUAAUAAAUUAUUUCAAUAAACAAAUGACAUACA